AUGAUGUGGUCUAACUUUUUCAUCCAGGAGGAGGAAAGACGCCGGGCCGACACAGUACGGAGGAGAGCCCAGAGGACUGGCCUGGCCCGUGAGCGCCGUGGCCCCAUCAAGCUGGCCCUGCUGCUGGCCGGUAUGGGCACAGCCCUGGCGGUACUGGCUGUGGGCACCGAGUUCUGGGUGGAGCUGGGCACCAAACGGGGCAAUGGCACAAGUGGUGUGUGUGAAGCUGCCCACCUCGGGUUGUGGCGAGUGUGUGCCAAGAGGCUCUGGUUGGAAGACCUGCCCCCCAACAGGGAGACCUGUGGCCCUGCUGAGUUACCUGGAGAGGCAAACUGCUCUUACUUCCGAUUCUUCACCUCAGGGGAGAACAACCAGAUCCUGCAGAGGACAACUAAGAAAGAGCUAGGAGUAGCUGCUGCCGUCACUGCCACACUGGCCCUGGCUAUCACGGUCCUGGGCUGCAUCUGUGUCAUCAUGGUGCUCAGCAAAGGGGCCGAGUUCCUGCUCACACAUGCAGCAGUCUUUUUCAGCCUCUCAGGAGUUUUGUUGCUGGUGAGCCUGGAGCUGUUCCGUCAGGGGGUCCGCGAGCUGCUGGCCAGGACUGGGCCGGGCCCAGCCCCUUGGCUGGGUUAUGAGUAUUCCUGGUCGGUGGCCUGCGCCCUCGCAGCCGCUGCCCUUCUGCUCCUGGGGGGCGGCUCCUUCCUGCUCCUGGCCCUGCCCUCCCGCACCUGGGGCACGUGCUGCCGUCAGCAGCCAGCUAACCGUGGCGGUGGAGGUGCGGGAGCCACCUAA